AUGGCGUAUGAGCUGUAUUAUUGGGGCGCGUGUGGAGAAUUCUAUGGGAGAGCCCUAAGCCCUUUGCUCAUUUUUGAGGAGAGUGGUCCGAGCCCGCGCCUACGAUACGCCAUCGACGCGGCUUCGGGCUUGUUAAUGUCGCGUCGAUGGCGUGGAUUUGUCGCAACCGUGGCGCGCGGCUCCAGUCGCGACCGCGCCGACGGCGCCGUGACUCCGUCGGCCCGUCGCCGGCUGAGGGCCUGAGGCCCGGACGGCUCACCACGCCGUCACCGCGCAGGCACAAAAUACGUGAUCAAGGACCAGUCCCACAAGCCCGAGGGCAUCUUCGCGCUCCCGGCCAUAAAGACGCCGUCGGGCGUCGUCGUGAGCCAGACGCCCGCCAUUUGUCACGUGCUCGGCCACGAGCUCGGGUUGGCCCCGGCCGACGCCGCCGCCGACGCGAAGGCGCUCCAGAUUUGUUGCGACGCCGUGGAUUUUAUCACCGAGGCCACGAAGCCCGACUUCGGGAGCGACCGCAAGCAGAAGUGGCUCACGCAUUUUGCCGCGGUGACGUCGGCCGACGCGCCCGUCAACUACAGCGACUUCUUAUUAUUCACGGCCCUCGAGCUCGCGAUCUCGUCCUUCACGGCGGCCGUCGACGAGAGCGAGCUGCCGGACGGCCUCGGCGCGUGGUGGAACAAAAUGCUGAAAACGAAGGCCGUGGCCGCCCUGAAGGGCAAGGGCAAGAAGCUCAUGCCCGGCGAGCACAACAAGGCCUGGUAG